UUAGUUCAUUGUUUGCUUAAGCUGAAAGCUCAAAGCAACUGAACCACCAUGAGGCUGUCACUGCCUGUCCUGCUGGUCACUCUGGCCCUUUGCUACUACGAGGCUGAUGCAGUUAUAUGUCCAGCUGCUCUUACUGAUGCGACACAGUUCCUCUUCAUCAGUGAAGCUCUCUACAAGCUACAGCUUCAGAGAUUUAAUGCACCACCAGAAGCCGUUGAGGCCAAGUUGCAAGUGAAGAGAUGCACGGAUAAGAUAUCCCUUGGGAACAGAGUGUUACUUACAAAAGCAUGGGUGAAAGUAAUUUUGAAGUGUGGUUACAUUGAUUUAUCAAAAAUUCUAUCAUAGUACCUCUGUCUUUCAAUGAUCUGAUCUUCGCUGGAAAAUGUAAAGGUUUCAACAUCUUGCUUCAAUAAAUUCCUUG